CAGGCUAAUCGAACCGGACUGAACAUGCAGUGGUCCCCCUUGUAUAUCGAACAAUGCAUCGAUUUGAUCGAUUUUUCGUUAUCAGUAUGGCAUUGAAUUACUGAUAAGUCCUGUUACCUGACAAAUGAGGAACAAAUAUUUCAACGUGCAGGCCUGGAAUUAAGUUCCUUCAUGGGAUGGAAUGAUCACUGCAUGAGUCAAAGAUAAUCAGAUCCGACAACUUUAAACAAACUCAUGGUUCUAUGGAAACGGCAUUUUAUUUUUUAUAUGACAGAAAUAACCAUAUUUUGAGAAAAUUACGUCAAACCGGAACACUUUAACAUGGCUGAUAAUAGUUUGAGAUAGCCAAAAGCCUUGAUAUGACUAAAGAACCUGUCGUUGAGAUUGCCUGAUUUACAGCGUGCUCUUAUGUAACUUGGAUAUAUUUGGUUUUACCCGUAGGAAGUGCAAUGGCAAUUUUCAAUCGGACAGAAACAAUCACCUGCCUGUUAUGUGUACUUGGUGUAACGUUCUCCCUGUUUGUCAGAGUGUCCUUUGGUGAUUGCAGUGGCAAUACGUAUUCUACAAAUUUUGAACCAAUCAAAGAAACAGAAAAAGAUGUCAUAUUAUGGAAUGAUACGUUUUCAAUUCCUAAUAUCAUUUUGUCUAUGGUGCCUACAAUAGCUGGAGUUGAUCAGUCCGCUGCAAACGAUUUGAAUGAAUAUAUCAAUUUGAAUUACUCCGACUCGUUUCUAGAAAUAAGGGUUGUCAAAGCACUGGAUAAGGAGGAACUCUUCACAAGAUUUCAUGUUAAUAUAGAGAGUAUAACGCUUCAGAUGUCUUGUAAUACACCGGGGAAACAAGCUUUGAGAACAAAUUUAACAGUGAUCAUUCAAGAAGUCAAUGAAUUUGCUCCCUAUAUUUAUGGAAGUCCAUACAACAUCACUGUGAAAGAGGACACGCUCAUUGGAUCAACUGUAUUAAAGGUCAACAUUACGGAUCCAGAUGUUCCGUCAACUCCUUUGAUUUAUACUUUAAAACCAUCUGACCCAUUGAGCUCAGGUGCUCAGUAUUUCGGAUUUCCUCAGCCAAGUUUUCCAGACCUGAAACUCAUUAAACCUGUUGAUUUUGAUGCACUGGUUUCCAGUGGAAAGGAAACGAUAUAUAAUUUUAUUCUUAAUGUUACGGACGCCAGUUCAUCGGGAUUAAGUAAUAAUACAAACGUCACAGUGGUGGUAGAGGAUGUGGACGAUCUUCCACCUAUAUUUAUUUAUCCAGAUUGUGAACAGCAGUGUGCCAGUACGCAGUUUCGAAUAUCCACAACAAGAACAAAAAGGGGACAGUUGAUUGUUUCUCCAAUUGAGUUAAAGGCAGUUGACCAAGACAGCCUUAAUUUCAGCGUCACAUAUUCCAUAGAGCCAGAUCAAAACAAUUAUCACGACUCCUUUAAGAUAGACAAUAUAACUGCUUCCAUUUCUCAGAUAGGUGAUAUCAACCAUACUGGGAUAAUUUUAGUCAAGGCCACUGAAAAAUCUGCUAAAAGACAUUACACUACUGCAGUUGUACUAGUUGAGUUACCAAAUGAUCCGUUAAACAAACCUGAAAGGAGUACAGAUGAAGCCAAUGACAAUGGAACCUUGAUCGUUGUAAUAGUACUCGCGAUAGUUUCAGCAGCUUUGAUAUCGGUCGUCGUAGUGUUGGUUAUCCUUCAUAGAAAACUGAAGAAAAAUGUUGCGCCUUUUGAUGGUAACAGUUCAGUAAUUAAGGUGCUGGAUGAGAAGGGUCAAAAGAGCUCUGAAAUAAACGAAGUAAAACCUAUUCCUAGAUCAAAUACCAUCUCGCAGGAAAUUGAACUUCCGGGUAAUGUGCGUCAGGAAAAUGUCAAGGACAUCGAAGAAUACGACGAAGAAACUGAUCAUAACUUAGAAAUGCAAAACGGUAACCUACUCAACGCCCUAUCUACAACUUCUGAAAAGAACAAUACAUUGGACCCUAUUCAACCCAACUCAACUCCAAAGAAAAAAAAGAAAAAGAAAAAGAAGAAAUCUAAAUCUUUGUCUGAAAGGUUGGGUAAGAAAAAUCGUUCAGGGAUCUCUGAAGUUGGUCAGGGGAAUAAUGAAGAUGAGAGAACACAGUCAAGCAGGGAGGAUAGAACGCUCGAUUUACAAAACACCGAAAUAGCAGCAAUAGAUGGCGAGUUUGUCUGAAUCUGAUUAUUUAAUUAUGUGAACAGCUAGCAAAUACUCAAGGGGAAACACCUAGAAAUGAAUGUGAUAUAUUGUAACAUAUAAAACAAUGCUUUUUUGAAAACGCUUGUAUUACAAUUUUUAUUUUAUAGAUAUUUUUGGUCAUUCUCAAGUAGUUUCUAUGAAUAAAUAUUUUUUCUGUAAUCUGCAUAAUAAUGGAUAUUAUAGUAUUUUCAUAAUUAGUGUGACAAUUAGGCAAAAAACCCUGAUUUAGUUUUACAAAGUAUUUCCUUUUCCUUCUAAACUUCCAUAUCAAUGGAUUUCAAAUACCAAAACAACUCUUCCUCUCCAAACUAAGUAUAUGUAGUUAAAUUAUUUUUCUAUUUGACUUAAUUGACAACGAGUAUGAAACUGUGCUUAUGAGCGUAAUUUGAAAUAAACAUUUAUCCGAUCAAUAAAUUUAUAUUUUUGUCCCCUUCAUAUUUUACAUACAUGUAAUUCGAAUGGCACACAAUUCAACAUAAGCAUGGUUUGUUGACAAUAUGUAGAAUAUCAAUGAAUCAAGUUGAAGGAUUAAUUAAUUGAGUAAACGAUUUAAAUCACGUAUCGCUCGAUCGACUAUGGAAUCAAAAAAAAAACUUUGGCAGGAACGUGAUAAAUCAAUCAACUCCUUCAUAUGCUACUCUUUCAAAUGUCUACCUGUACAAUCUGUCGAAAUGCAAAUCGACCUUAAAACAAUGCAAACAAUCAAACGAUUCGAUUAGAUACACUAUACGCCUUAAGUCAUUUUAAAAGAUGGUUGAAACAGGGAAGGUUUUUCAGAAUGCAAGAAGAAAGAAAAUGGAGACAUGGAUACAGCAUUUGAUUAUUUUAUUGACAUGUUUUGUAUCAUCAGAGGGAGUAGUUUUUAGAAUGGAAGCAGAAAAAUAUGCUGCUCGACGAUUUCACAACCACAGAGAAAAUGCUAGCGGCGAAAAAGCUGUGAAUUUCAACAAAGGACAAAAACUGAAUUUUUACUUUUGUUUGCGAGAUGAUGCUGAAGUAUCGGUGAAUCAAGUAGUCUACUCUAACGACGGUGGGAGUGAUACGUUUGAAGUGAACCUUGAUGGAAAGCUUGUAUUAGGAAAUCUGAAGACCCCUGAACAGUCAAAUGGUGGCAAACAUUGGAAUGAAUUCCUGUACAGCGGUCAAGUCGGUCCCAACAUGACACUUGAAUCAGGGAGGCACACGAUCACGCUCGAUUUCAAAGAAACCGACAGGCAUGGGCUAGAUGUUGAUUUCAUUGAAAUAGAGGUAAAUGAUAAAAAACUGAACAGGGAAAUUUUUGAAUGUGCAGUUUAUUGUAUUCCUGAGAUCAAGUAUGAUAAUGGACCCAUUCGAGACGAUAUGCCGUCUGCCAUAGCUGAACGAAUCGUCGUACCUGUCAAUUGUCCUACCGACGACAACAUUCUUAUUCCUGUUUAUCACGAAGAUAUCAAACAUUUUCUAAUAACAGCAACACUGCCGAAAUACCGCUCCUUCGAAAACCACUACACUGGGAAAGAAUCCUUUUGCAGUGAUGACAACAGUGGUAUUCUUUGGAGUUUUUCAAACUUAAAAAUUCCCUGGGAUAAACAGACAGACAGUUGGUCCGGCUUUACAACGCUUAAGUAUCAGGCGUCGAAUGUUAGUAAGAACUCUUAUCUUACUGUGACUUUCCAACCAAUUGCCAAAAACGAUUUGGCAAUUGACAACACUCUGAAAAUUUCAUUUAACGAACCUAAAGCAGAUAUUUACGUAGAAAUGAAAUACAAAAAAUCGGAUGGAUCUUGGUCUACACCAGAAGGACAAUAUAUAACACCCCAGAAUAUGGAUUAUUUAGUAAGUAUCCCUAGAAAUACAUGGUCCGAUACUCAAGAAAAUCAAGUGGAAAUUACAAUUUUAGCCGAUCCAGAAACCCUUACGGGAUUGGACCUCGAUUUACUGUUGUAUCGUCGGAAAGAAAAGAGACGGCGAGAAGAGGUUCUGUUUAACGAUAUGAAUACACGAGUUGCGGCUACAAAUAUAUAUGUUGGAGAUGAAACAGACAACGAAAAAAUGGUAGUCAAAAGUGGCAAUAUCAAAGGAAAUGUCUCAAAUGUUUCUUUUAUCAGUGUUUAUCAGAAAUCACAGUGGUCAGAUUCUCAACACGAAAUUCUUCGUAUUCACCAAAAUGGAAAAUUACAACUCCUUCCUCUACCUGCCCACGGUUUUCAAGGGAAAAUGCCAUUUGGAACGUCUGUUUUCCUCGGCGCAAAUGAUCCUACUAAAAUGCCACCAAAGGCUCCUAUUGACCAAAUCACCAUUAUACCAGAGCCUCUGGAGAUGUUUCUGACGUACAAAGACGGUUCAAAGGCCACGUUGCUUGUGAAAACGGAUCUUGACCAAACUAACGUCUUGGUGAAAGACGUUCAGAUCACUAGAGACCCGAUCCAAUACCCGUUUGCUACAAUAAGUUCUAUGUGGCAAUUUGACGGAAAUGCAGACAUUGAUCAUGUCAGUACAAAUGGUAAUGUUGAACGGCACGUCAUGAACGGAUGGAAAGAGUUGUAUGGAACUCACUUUUCUUUCUUCCGGAAAUGCAUUUCCAAUCACAAUACUCUGAGUCCUGAUGUCCAGCUGAAGUUGGUUAAUGAGGAGGAUUUGUACUUGCAUUUGUAAAGAAAUAAGCUGUACGCAUGGCAAAGACCAGAAAAUCAAAUCAUCGUGAUGAAAAAAAAAUCAGUUUUACAUAUUAGAUACCUUGAUCAAAUUUCACUUGUCCUCUCUACUCUAAUGCUACUUCAAAGUAAAAUAAACAAUACAUGUACUAAUUUC